CAUAACGGUACCGUACAUACCGUACAGAGUGAAGUCAGCGGCGCAAAGCUAUCCCGCAAUCACAGCUGCAAAAUUUGUGCUACGCUACAUCAGCUGAAAUAAUUUAUACUUUGUAAUACGAGUACUAGGAAUAAUUUUCAAUUUUAUACCAAAAAGUAGCAAAUUCUGCUUAUUAUUUGUUGGGAAAAAUUGUGGCUGCUCACAACCUCAGAGUAAGAAGUCAUAAAAUAUCCUCAAAUUCUGGAACUCCUCGGAGAAAAACAAACCCCUCAACAUCUCAGGACCUUUGUGCCUGCAGAUUUAAAUAAGAGCUACAUGGACGCUUUGGCUUUCUUCAACAAACCAAAUGAUGCUUCGGAAAUAACAUGGGCGCAUGCGGUGAAUUCUCGGAGACGUUUGGAAAAUGCAUUGGAUGACGUUAGCGUACAAAUGCUGGAAGCGGACGUGAGUUUGCAAAGAGAAUCAGAUGGCGAGUUGGUUCCCUUUAUGGCACAUUCGUCGGACGAUCCCAGUGACAUCACUUUGGGAGAAUGGAUUUCGCUGGUCAUCGAAAACGGUAGGAAAGGGAUAAAGCUGGAUUUCAAGUCAAUUGAUGUGGUCCCGCCUUCCGUCGCCAUUCUCCAACGGCAUUCCCAUAACCUCAGCGUGCCGUUGUGGCUAAAUGCUGAUAUUAUUGGCGCUGGUCCUGUGAAUGCUCCUGGGAUCGGAGUUAAUGCACAGCAGUUUCUUGUUGCUGCAUACAAAUUUGCUCAAAGUGUUCUUAGUAUUGGUUGGGUCACAAACUGUCCAACUCAAAGCUGUGAUGUUGGCAAAUACUCGUGGAAACAUGUUAAGCAGAUGCUGGAUGUCAUCAGACAACAGCCUGACUCGACACAGCCCGUAACAUUCCCAAUUCGCGCCGUUUUCGCUUUAAAUUCAGUACGUCAGUUGCGGUGGUUGGCGGAUUUGAUUCCCGGCCGGAAACCGACGUUCACGUUAUGGACCAACAUAGCCGACGUUGAGUACACCAGAGUGAGCGACUUGUUGCUGUUCCGGACUCAAUUUCCGGCUGACAAGGUGUACUAUGAUUUAUUUGACUGGAUGAUGGCGGAAUUUCAUGACCGAAAAAAGGAUUUUCUGCCGAAUAGCGCAGUUGAGCGGCCUUUGUUGCACGACAUUUUGACACAGUUUUAUAUGACCGCUUUGCCGCAAUAUUCUUAUAUGGGAACCAAUAGUGUCCUUUUGCUGAAUGGCCAUGGACUACUUGUGAACAGUCAGAAAUCGCUGAUUAUUAAUGAUAAAUCCGAGGUGACUUUCAGGUUUGCAUUCGGUGAUAACCUGUCGUCAAACAACCGACUCACUACGGUUCUUCCCAAUUGGCCACCGGGAGUGAAAAAUGCACUGCGCUUGGUGGUAGCGGUGGAUGGUUCGGUCUCCCUUCAAUCCGGAACAUUUGCUAUAAACUGGGACGAUUCAGAUGCAAACUUGAAGCAACUCGCAAGAUUAGAAUGGACUGGGAACCAGAUUACUUCCUACACUGUACCGCCUCUACAAUCCUCCGACAUCUUAACUGUGACUGCUGUGGAUGACAUCCGUUCUUGCGCGCGAACUUUCAGACUGCAGAUUAAUGACGGCGUUGCAAGCAGUUUAUCGAAUACACCCUUAAAUUGCUGCGUUGAACAGGUUUCCGCCACAUCUGCGAACAAUUAUGGCGGUCUUGCUAUACAUUUCGACGGAGUCGCCGGAAGCUUUGCUGCGAUUGAGAAUAUACUACAAAUGUGAACAACCGAAAAAGUUGUUAUUUGUACUGCUUUGGUAUUCUGUUACACGAAUACUUAAUUUAAUCUUUUAUUAUACACACAGGAAACAUGCUUAAUGUUCUUUUUUAGUUAAAGAACGGAUCUUGGUUCAUUGGUUUAACAGCACUCAGGUUUAUUUUUAUUGUAAAGGCAGGCAGGUAACCCAUUAAGGGUUAUGAUCGAAAUCUAGCAUGGGAAUUUAAACCUGGAUAAAUAAAACGUAUAAUGAUGAAAGCCACUAGCAAAAGCCACUAAUAAAAGAGAAGGCUAUCAAGUUAAUUACAACGCGCUUCAGUGC